AUGGAUAAUCGUAAAAUGUGGGAAGCUGAGUACCAUCAGCGCCAGCAAAUGAGGCCCGAACAUGAAAAGAAGAUGCUCGAACAUAAAGAGAAGAUACUCGAAUCGUUCCGUCAUCAGCUGGGAAAUAUCAACAUCUAUGCUAAGAGAUACGGCGACAGCAUGUCAUGUUAUAUCGAGAAUCCUGAUGAUUUUUGGGUGCAACUCAUGGAUGUAGAAAGAGUCAAAAUUAUCUCGGGCCUUCGCGAGUUAAAGCUUAAACAAGAAAGGCAUCCAAAGGAAUUGACUGAGUUGGUGACUCAGGUUGUGGCUUCGUUUGAGGAUUUGGUAGGUGUAAACCUAGGUUUUGAGGAACGAGUAGAGAAGUACAAACGUGAGAACAACACCUUAAAGGCACGCAAAAAUAAUGGGUUUCAUGAGGCGAAUACUUGA